CCUCCGUUCUUGUGUGCGGCUCCUCUGCACACCGCUCGGCUGUCCACAGCCUGGUGCGACGACCGCAAUCGGCCGUAGGAUUCCAAAGGCAUGCCGAUCGUCGAUGGCGAGAAGUAUGCUUGCCAGUCCUGCAUCAAAGGCCACCGCGUGAGCGGCUGCAACCACACUGACCGCGAGCUACACCACAUCAACCCCAAGGGCCGCCCCGUUAAGCAAUGCGAGCACUGUCGCGGCGCGCGCAAGUCCAAAUCCCACCAUGCCAAGUGUGAAUGCGGCGACCGCAAGGACAAGCACAAGGACAGUCGCGAUGCCAAGGGUGAGCAGCCAGUCGAUCUGCGCACCGGCGAGAUUUCUAAUCGUGCCAUAGUCCACGACAAUCACUGCGGCUGCCACUCUGGAGCUAAAUGCAUGUGCGGCGUCAAGAAGGAGCCCGCUGAUCUGAGACUCGACACCACCAAGCAGACACUCCACCAAGCGCGAGCGAGGCCCAAAGUCACCGCGACUCACUCCGAAAGCAAUCUGACUGUCUUUGCCAACGGCCACCAUCGACCCUGCCACCGCAAUAACAACACCGCCCACGUUUCAGGAGCGCCUUACAAGAUCCCGCGCCCACAUACCCUCCAUGGCACCGCCUUCGAGCAGUACAUGAAGCCGUCCUCGUACAGUCAGCCAGAAGCGCCUGCUCAGCGAUCUGUGGAUACCUUCUCCCUGUCAAAUCGAGACUUCUACACCAUGUUGGGCGUCGCCCCGCAAAAUGACGCUCUUCCUUUGACGCCCAUAAGCGGCAGCCUUGAUACCAGCAACUUUCAGGACUCCAUUUUCGCCAACCGGAGCGCAGCUUUUUCACAAGAAACUUGUUCUCCGACAGAGACGCACCUGACGGAUGCGAUGGGAGCACCGCAAUGGCCAUGGUCGAACUCCCUUGCUUCUGUCGCGCGCAAUUUUGGCUACGGAAGCCUCUCGACAUCUCCUUCGCAAGAUUGUCUUCCCAAUCUUGACAACGAGUGGCCCAUUCCAUCUGCUGGCCUGACCCAUCCUACGUGGUCCGCGGGAGACCUGCCUUUGGACACCAGCAACCUGGCCGACUCUGUAGUACAGCCCAUCUCUCACAGCGGUGAAUCCAAGCACAGCGCGCCUGAGCUUUCAACUUCGUCGUCUCCAUCCGAGAUCGGAGAGCAGAACUUGUUCUCCGACCUUGCGCCUGCCUCCGCUGUAAGUGAGACGCUGUUCUGGGAAGACAAGAUGCCCGUCUAUUGCCAUGGGCUUUCCAAUGAGGUUCGCCCGCCGACAUCAGCACCCCACUAUCCCGCCUCUGAAGCCCAGGGACUAGAGCUCGAUCUGUCGAAAGCUUUGGGCUCUGUAGCACCCAUGCCAGCGACUACUGCUGGCGACAUGUAUGCUGAGACACCAGCCAUUGCAAUGCCCAACGCCAUUGAUGAAGCCGCUUGUAAUGACCCUUGGGCGUUCGAUCAACCCAACAUGAGCUUCCCUGGGUUCGAUACCUUUGAUAUACCUUCUACAUUUCCAAACUGGAUCUAGUCUUCCAAGGCUGGCACUACAAGAUGUAUUUUCACGACGCCAUGACUCAUGACGCCUUGAGGCACCUUUUGUUUAUUGGAGCCACAAUCGUUACUUUAGUUCGACUUGUUUGCCCAUGCCAGUGGGCAGCAACCUACCACUUCCGACCGUAAAUGUCGCCUGUGUAUAGUUCAACCCAGCCUGGACGUGUACCUACCCGCGUUCAAGGCAUUUUUUUAUAUAUACUCGCUUGCGUCGGCUAUGGGUGGUCUAGCGAGCGAGCGAUCCGUACAUAAACGUUAUUCAAGAAUGGGUGGCUGUUUGAUUUGCAUCGCGGGGUGCUCAAAUUUCCUAGACUGAGCAUCGGCGUUUGUUCGAUUGAAUAGACCGUUCGGUUUUCACGAUGUCGUACACUAUCUUGCUUUGAC